AUAUAUAUAUACAUAUAAAGAGCGAGGGGCCUCUGAGUUCAAGGGUGGAGCAGCCAUGGGAGGAGAGUUCAAGCAUUUGGUGCUCGUAAAGUUUAAGGAAGGAGCGGCGGUAGAAGAGAUUCUCAAAGGCAUGGAGAACCUCGUCUCUGAAGUCGAAGCUGUCAAAUCCUUUGAGUGGGGACAGGAAAUAGAGGGACCAGAGAUGCUUACACAGGGCUUCACGCACGCCUUCUUGAUGACAUUCGAGAACAAGGAAGCUCACGCUGCGUUUGUCGGGCAUCCCAAGCAUGUUGAAUUCUCUGCAACUUUCUCGGCAGCCAUUGACAAGAUUGUGCUGCUUGAUUUCCCGGCUAUUCGUACCAAGCCAGCUCCAACAGCUUGAAUAUCAGCCACUUCCUCUUUGUGUUGGAUAUGUAAAAUCCCUUCACGAUGAGUAUUUAAAAUGGUACUACUGUUUGUUUUCCGGCAAAA